UGCGUCACCCGCCCUGCUUAAAUCAUUUUUCAAGGCAUUGUGCUGAGUGAUUGUUCAUACUAAAAAAAACAAUGCUGUUGUCUUUUUGUAUGCGUAGUCUGUGUGAUGUGGUUAAAAUAAAAAUAAAAAAAUUGAAAAUGCCUCUCCUUUACUCACAUUGUGCUCUGUGUCUCCCCCUACAGGUACCUCUUAGACUCAUAGAGAGUGUGGAGAGCAGAGACAUGUUCCAGCUUCACAUUAUCUGCAAAGACUCCAAAAUUGUCAGAUGCCACUUUGCGACAUUCAAGCAGUGCCAGGAGUGGGUGAAGCGUCUGAAUCGGGCAGUUGCUCACCCGUCCCGUCUGGAGGACCUGUUUGCUUUGGCCUUUCACGCCUGGUGUCUGGGAGGAAGUGCUGACGACGAGGACCAGCACCUUCACCUGUGCCGCCCAGGUGAUCAUGUGCGCCACAGAAUGGACAUGGAGGUCAGGAGGAUGGGUUUCGACACACAGAAUGUCUGGAGAGUGUCAGACAUCAACUGUAAUUACAAGCUGUGCUCCAGUUACCCCCAGAAGAUUCUUGUUCCAAUCUGGAUCACGGACAAGGAACUGGAGAAUGUAGCCUCCUUUAGAUCCUGGAAGAGGAUUCCCGUGGUGGUCUACAGACAUCAAAGAAAUGGGGCAGUAAUUGCGCGCUGUAGCCAGCCUGAGAUCAGCUGGUGGGGCUGGAGGAACACAGACGAUGAGUACCUGGUCACAUCCAUUGCUAAGGCCUGUCAGAUGGACUCUGGAGCCAGAGGCAGCUGCAGCACCACAGGGUGCAGACCGCGGGGGGACACCCAUGACUCCUCAGACAGUGAUUUUGACUCCUCUCUGACUGGAGGUUCCUGUGAGGACAGUGUUGUGCCACAGAAACUGCUGAUUCUAGAUGCUCGCUCAUACACUGCUGCAGUGGCCAACAGAGCCAAAGGUGGAGGCUGUGAGUGUGAAGAGUAUUAUCCUAACUGUGAAGUCAUGUUCAUGGGAAUGGCCAACAUCCAUGCUAUCCGUAACAGCUUCCAGGCGCUGAGGGCUGUGUGCAGUCAGAUCCCGGAUCCCGGAAACUGGCUCUCUGCGUUAGAGAGCACACGUUGGCUGCAGCACCUCUCUGUGAUGCUCAAAGCGGCUGCACUGGUUUGUUCGGCGGUGGAGCGUGAGGGCCGGCCUGUUUUGGUGCAUUGCUCAGACGGAUGGGACCGAACGCCACAGAUCGUCGCCUUGGCCAAAAUACUGCUGGACCCCUACUACAGAACAUUAGAGGGCUUUCAGGUGCUUGUGGAGACAGAGUGGUUGGACUUUGGACAUAAGUUCGGUGAUCGCUGUGGUCACCAGGAAAAUGCAGAUGACGUGAGCGAACAGUGCCCCGUCUUCUUGCAGUGGCUGGACUGUGUGCACCAGCUGCUCAAACAGUUUCCCUGUCUGUUUGAGUUCAACGAGGCUUUCCUGGUCAAGUUGGUGCAGCAUACUUAUUCUUGUCUCUAUGGGACAUUUUUGUGUAACAACGCUCGAGAAAGAGAAGCAAAGAACAUCUACAAACGCACCUGUUCUGUCUGGUCUCUGCUGCGAUCAGGAAACAAGAACUUCCAAAACUUCCUGUACAUCCCAUGUCAUGAUAUGGUGUUGCAGCCUGUCUGCCACACUCGGGCCCUGACGCUGUGGACUGCUGUGUACCUGCCCACCUCCUCCCCCUGCACCGCUGUGGACGACGCCAUGGAGCUCUACCUCUCUCCUAAUGUGAACGGAGAGGAGCUCACCUCCCGCUCUCUGGACAGGCUUCCGAAGACUCGCUCAAUGGACAACUUGGUGUCUGCCUUUGAGAAUGGAGCACCUCUUACCCGCACUUCCAGUGAUCCCAACCUCAAUAAGCAUUGUCCUGCUCUGGAGUCCUCCUCUGCCGUCGGAGGGGCUUCUGACACCACCACACCUGACAGUGGCUUGGCCAAUGGGGAGGAGGAGGCAUACCUGCCCAGCUCCGCUGCCUCUCCAGAGGAAGGCCCACCUGAACCCUGCCUCACCACACAGCCUCUGCCCUGUGCUCCACUUCCUCCUGCUCCUAUUAUGAACAACAUCACACCCUCUCAUUGUCUCACUCCAAUCCUCCAGCAAACCAAACGUGACACUGACCCACCACUUCCUGAGCCCCCAGCAGAGGGCGCUGUUUCCUGUAGGACUGAGCACACCACUACGUCCCCUCGUCACCAGACUGAGCCAUGUUUACCUCUGCCCUGCAAAAGUGCACCACACACAGUUGAUCGACCCCCGUUGGUGCUCACAGCCGAUACACCCCCACCAAUGCUCAACGCCCACACCAAUGGUCACACUGAACCCCAAAGUGCCCCCCCAGAGUCUGCAGCUCUGCUCAUUUUAAAGCAGCUCACUCCACUUCUUCCAAUGGAGGACUCCACAGAGACGCUGACCGAUGAGGGGGAGCCUCCCCACUUCACAGAACCCCACCUUAAUCACCUAGUUAACACAGAGACUGAGACAAAGCCCGAUGUAAGAACAGAUGUAGUUAAAGGCAAGGAAGCCCCUGUGCUGCCUGACCUGUCUCUGCUGGAGCCUCACUGGGACAGUGUUCAGGGUUUUGUCCAGUCGGCCUGUGUGGGUCACUCCUCCAUCAGUCGCUCUCUGCAGCCCGUGGCUUUUCAGAGCCGCCGCGUGGCCAGUAACCUGCUGCGCUCUGCAGCAGUGGCCAACGCAGUGCAGAGCUGCAGGAGAGAGGUGAACCUGGCGUCCUUCUCACUGGCAGCACUUCCCUUUUACAGCUCUCCAUCCUGCUCGCCCUCUCCCUCGCAGAUCCCCGCGUACCUCGAUGACGACGGCCUACCUGUUGCCGUGGAUGCCGUGCAGCAAAGGCUGAGGCAGAUCGAGGCGGGAUACAAACAGGAGGUGGAGGUGCUGCGGCAGCAGGUGCGACAGCUGCAGAUGAGACUGGAGAGUAAACAGUACGGCAGUCCUCCCUCUGAGCCAGACAUCGACUAUGAAGACGAUAUUACUUGUCUCCGUGAGUCCGACUACAGUAAUGAUGACGACUCCCUGUCCAGCCACAGUGAGGACCGCCUGUCUGAAGGGAGUUGGGACCGAGUGGAGCCCAAGGACACAGAGGUCACUCGAUGGGUGCCUGACCACAUGGCCUCACAUUGUUUCAACUGUGACUGUGAAUUCUGGAUAGCCAAGAGACGUCACCACUGCAGGAACUGUGGAAAUGUGUUUUGUAAAGACUGUUGCCAUCUGAAGCUGCCCAUUCCUGACCAGCAGUUGUAUGACCCGGUCCUGGUGUGUAACCUCUGCCAUGACCACCUGCUAGAGUGUCGUACCCGCGACAUCCGCAGCCAACAGCUCAAGAAGGCCAUCGCCACUGCUUCCAGCUGAAAGACUGCUCAUGCAGAGUCUGGCUUCCUCCAGUGUCCAUGGGACCGCUCCACUGCCACUCAGCCCUGACUGUGGCUGCAGUGGACUUUACUGUGCAGAGACAAAGAGCCUCCGUACUGAAGAUGCACUAUGAGACUGAACAGAGACGUGAAUGAACUGAGGGACAGAAUGAUGCUAUGAUGCUAGCAGCAAGAGUUUCUCCAAUGAAAAACUCUGUUGACGACAGUUUGGGCCUGGACAGCUCCAGUGUGUUGCUGUGAGGGUGACAUUUGAACCAUCUGCGUCCAGCUGAAUUAGUUUUACACUUGAGGACAAUCUGUUGUGGACUCCAAAGCCUUCAACCAGAAACAGGUUGUGUGGUUAAAAUAAGAGUUGCUGCUACAAUAUUUAAAAAAUAAAAUUUUUUGUAUUCUUAUUUUGUGCACUACAACAUAUUGCGUAUUUGAGCGAAUUUGAGACCAAACUUGAGCAGAAGGGAGAAAUUGCUGUUUACUUGUCCAUUUUAUCCUUUUUUUCUGGAAGCCUGAAUGUAAAAUGUCAUGGGUUAACUGGAUGUUGUUGUGCAUUUUGAUGGGUUAUUUGUUCAUUGCUACAAUGUGUUUUCAACAUUAUGUGUACGCAGUCAAUGUGGUCCUGUCUCUCAAUGCUUUUCUUGUUAAACAAAGGUGCAACAUUUUAAAGAUAAAGAGCAGUUGGCAGGACUGGGUUAUGCUGCGUCAUGUUGUGCAUCUGGGGGUUGAUCAAUGAAAACAGACUUUCCAACUUAAAAGUCAUUUGGACAUACAGAGGGUCUUUGGCAGAUUUGUGAUCAACGGCUCUGGCUUAUUUUGAACUUUGGUGACCACCUGACUGAGGCCAGGCAGUUCACUCUGAAGACUGCUCAGAUUUUUUUGAGGGGCUUCUCUUAAAAUGUUUGUGUCUACUGGUCGUUUGAGACAAUUGUGCCAUAUUUUGUCAGAUGUUUUGUCUCUUUUAAGUCUUUGUUUUACAAAGAUGGCAGUAGUUUUUUCCAAUUGGGCACCUUAGUUCUAAUCAAGCUGCUAAAACACAAACCAAUUUAAGAUUAACAAUUAAAAUGUGUGAUUAACGUAUUAGUUCAUAUUGACAUAAGUCAAAAUGUUGAAGAGAAACAAGAUGUAACAUAGUUCAUUUGUAGUGCUGGCUAAAGCUUGUCACUUACUUGUUGUAAAGAAUUGCACUGUUGAAACUGAAUCCCAUGGGUUAAAAUUAAAGAUUAUAUUAUGAUCUGGA